AUUGAACUUUACGGUAAUAAACAAAUUAGCAAAUACGCAAAUAAACAAAAUGUUCCGCGUGAGCAUUUUAUUUGUGGUAUUGUUUGUAGGGAUUCAAGGUAAUGCAAUUGGGCUUGCCGAGGACUAUGCAAACGAUAAAGAAUAUAUGAUGUUUCCUGAUGGCGAAGGAAAAUUACAUCUGAUCCAUCUCAAGGAGGACAAAUAUCAACCACAAAUCAAAUUUAAUGUCAAUAAACAUAUGAAUUUCCUUCUAUAUACCAGGGAAAAUCCUGAUGAACCCCAAGUUUUGAAAUUUAAGAGUUUGGCCUCAAUUAGAGAAUCUAACUUUGCACAGAUUCAUGAAACAUUUUUUGUAACUCACGGCUGGAAAAGUGGCCCAAAAAGUUCAGUAAAUAUAUUGAUCAAAAACGCACUUUUGAAAGCUGGUGAUUACAAUGUGAUCGUAGUGGAUUGGAAAUAUGGUGCUUCCUACAAUUAUUUCGCAGCCAGGGGUCAUGCUGCCACUGCCGGAAAACACUUAGGAAACUUCCUGAACUUCCUGGUUAAAGAAAUCAACCUAAGACUGAAGACAGUACAUUUGAUCGGACACAGUUUGGGUGCUCACGUAAUGGGAUUUGCAGGAAAAACUAUCAGGAAAGAAAAUAAAGGACAAAAAGUUGGCCAAAUUGUUGGUUUGGAUCCAGCUCUUCCCUUAUAUACUUUUGGAAAUCCAGGUGGCAGAUUAGAACUAAAUGAUGCCCAAUACGUCGAAAUUAUUCAUACAAAUGGUGGAAAACUAGGCUUUUUGGAUGCCAUUGGUCAUGCUGAUUACUAUCCUAACUGGGGAUCUACUCAACCAGGCUGUGGAUUGGAUAUGUUUGGUUCCUGUGCCCAUGCCAGAGCUUAUGAAUAUUAUGCUGAAUCAAUUAUCCGAUCAGCUCAUUUCCAAUCCAAAAAAUGCAGGGAUUUACAUCAGUUGAAAAAUGAUUUUUGCACUGACAAGGCUGGCAACUACCUCAUGGGUGGAAUGGUCAAUCAAAAAGAAAGGUAUUUUGGAAUAUUUAUUUUGCAAACUGCUGAAAAGUCUCCAUUCGGUUUGGGUUAUCGAUGAAAUUACCGAGUUCGACAAAUUGGACUUCAUGAUGAAUAAUAACGUUCUGAAUAAAUAUGAAUAAAAACUUAAAUAUUCUGACAUUGUUAUAUUUUUUAUAAAAAUAAAAUAAAUGUCGCCAAUGUUUGUAAAGUUAUAGCAAUAAAUAUGAAAAUAAUA